GAGGCGGCGGCGGCUGUGCCUGGGUUCCGGGGAGCCUCGGGCCUCCGGCGGAGGGAAGACGUGUGUGAGGACGGCAUCCAGGUCUGAAAGUCCAGCACAAACUUGUGUCUCUUCUAGAGAUCCCAGCAGGAGUCGUAAAGUGCCUUGUCACCAACUCACUGGCCCUGGCCACCUGCUCUGUCAUUUGCAGUGGACCAGUACAAGGAAAGGAAAAUUAGCUCCUUGAAGAGAGUUCAGUUCCGUAUGCAGGCACUGGCCUCGUCCUUGUGGAGAUGGGGACUGGUGACAGUGUAUAGCUCGGGGGCAGAGCUGAGGCCAGUUUUGUGACAGUGCCAUGCCUCGGCCCAAGACAAGGGAUGAACGAGAUCGCCACCAGGCUUCCCAGGAAAAAGGUGCUUCAGAGAAUUGGGACUGGAAUUGUCCAGAGACCCGUCGCCUCCUGGAGGAUGUCUUCUUCAGAGAUGAGGACUAUAUCCUUCGUGGCUCUGAGGAGCGUCAGAAGUUCUGGGCUUUCUUUGAACGCCUUCAGAGAUUCCAGAAUCUCAAGAGCUCCAAAAAAGAGGAGAAAGGCCCUGGGCAUCCCAAGCACAGCAUCCCAGCCCUGGCUGACCUACCUCGCACUUACGACCCGCGCUUCCGCAUCAACCUGUCCAUCCUUGGCCCUGACACGCGGGAAUCUCAGCAGCCGGACAGUCGCCUUCCCGCGGCGAGAGCGUCUGAGUUCCGCCGGGCCCUGCUGCACUACCUGGACUUCGGGCAGAAGCAGGCCUUUGCACGGCUCGCCAGGCUGCAGCGCGAGCGGGCAGCGCUCCCCAUUGCCCAGUAUGGGAACCGCAUCCUGCAGACACUGAAGGAGCACCAGGUGGUGGUGGUGGCUGGUGACACAGGCUGUGGCAAGUCCACCCAGGUGCCCCAGUACUUGCUGGCUGCUGGCUUCAGUCACGUGGCAUGCACUCAGCCCCGGCGGAUCGCUUGCAUCUCUCUGGCCAAGCGUGUUGGCUUUGAGAGCCUCAGCCAGUACGGCUCACAGGUUGGCUACCAGAUCCGCUUUGAAAGCACGCGCUCAGCGGCCACCAGGAUCGUGUUCCUGACGGUGGGGCUGCUCCUGCGCCAGAUCCAGCGGGAGCCCAGCCUGCCCCAGUACCAGGUUCUGAUCGUGGAUGAAGUCCAUGAGCGGCACCUGCACAACGACUUCCUCCUGGGCAUCCUCCGGCGCUUGCUGCCCAGGCGGCCGGACCUCAAGGUCAUCCUCAUGUCUGCCACUAUCAACAUCUCGCUCUUCUCCCGCUACUUCGACCAUGCGCCCGUGGUGCAGGUGCCCGGGAGGCUCUUCCCCAUCACGGUCGUGUACCAGCCUCAGGAAGUGGAGCCCACAGCAUCCAAAUCAGAGAAGCUGGACCCCCGGCCUUUCCUGAGGGUGCUGGAGGCCAUCGACAAGAAGUACCCUCCUGAGGAGCGAGGAGACCUCCUGGUCUUCCUGAGUGGCAUGGCGGAGAUCAGCGCCGUACUGGACGCCGCCCAGGCCUAUGCCAGCCACACCCAGCGCUGGGUGGUGCUGCCGCUGCACAGUGCUCUCUCUGUGGCCGACCAGGACAAGGUGUUCGAUGUGGCCCCUGCUGGAGUCCGGAAAUGUAUCCUCUCUACCAACAUUGCUGAGACCUCUGUCACCAUUGAUGGGAUCCGCUUUGUAGUAGACUCAGGAAAGGUGAAGGAGAUGAGCUACGACCCGCAGGCCAAACUGCAACGGCUGCAGGAGUUCUGGAUCAGCCAGGCCAGUGCAGAGCAGCGCAAGGGCCGUGCGGGCCGCACGGGACCCGGCGUCUGCUACCGCCUCUAUGCCGAGUCCGACUACGACGCCUUCGCCCCCUACCCGGUCCCAGAAAUUCGGAGGGUGGCCCUGGAUGCACUUGUGCUGCAGAUGAAGAGCAUGAGUGUGGGGGACCCACGAACCUUCCCCUUCAUUGAGCCCCCCCCGCCUGCCAGCCUAGAAACUGCCAUCCUCUAUCUUCAAGACCAGGGGGCUCUGGACAGCUCAGAGGCCCUUACCCCCAUUGGGUGCCUGCUUGCCCAGCUGCCUGUGGACGUGGUGAUUGGGAAGAUGCUGAUCCUGGGCUCCGUGUUCAGUUUGGCCGAGCCUGUGCUCACCAUGGCGGCCGCCCUCAGCGUGCAGUCGCCCUUCACCCGCAGCGCCCAGGGCAGCCUGGAGUGUGCUGCUGCCCGGAGGCCGCUGGAGAGUGACCAGGGCGACCCCUUCACACUCUUCAAUGUCUUCAAUGCCUGGGUGCAGGUGAAGUCUGAACGGAGCCAAAACUCCCGCAAGUGGUGCCGCCGGCGGGGCGUGGAGGAGCACCGGCUGUACGAGAUGGCCAACCUGCGGCGUCAGUUCAAGGAGCUCCUGGAGGACCAUGGGCUGCUGACCGGGGCCCAGGCGGUGGCCCCAGAGGACAGCUACAGCCGGCUGCAGCGGCGCCGUGAGCGCCGAGCCCUGCACCAGCUGAAGCGGCAGCACGAGGAGGCCGGGGGCCGCCGGCGCAAGGUGCUGCGGCCGCAGGACGACGUGGCCGGCUGCUCCAGUGACGAGGACCGUGAGGGCUCGGCCUCCCGGCGGGCCGCCGACAGCGUGGACAUCCAGGACGUGAAGUUCAAGCUGCGGCACGACCUGGAGCAGCUGCAGGCGGCCGCCAGCUCGGCCCGGGAGCUGAGCCGCGAGCAGCUGGCCUUGCUGAAGCUCGUGCUGGGCCGAGGCCUCUACCCGCAGCUGGCCGUGCCUGACACGUUCAACAGCAGCCGCAAGGACUCAGACCAGAUUUUCCACACCCAGGCUAAGCAGGGCACCGUGCUGCACCCCACCUGCAUCUUCGCCCGCAGCCCCGAGGUGCUGCACACACAGGAGCAGGAGGCCCCAGGCCGGGAAGGAAGAAGCCAAGAUGACAAGGACAGAGUGAGUUGCAAGCACCAACUCAUUGCCUUCGUCUCCCUGCUGGAGACCAACAGACCGUACCUGGUGAACUGCGUCCGCAUCCCGGCCCUGCAGUCCCUCCUGCUCUUCUGCCGGUCCCUCGACACCAGCGGUGACUGUUCCCGCCUCGUGGCUGACGGCUGGCUGGAGCUGCAGCUGGCGGACAGUGAGAGUGCCAUCCGGCUCCUGGCAGCAUCCCUGCGACUCCGUGACCACUGGGAAAAUGCCCUGAACCGGCAGCUGGCCCACCAGGCCCAGCGACAGAGGCUGGCGGAGGAGGAAGAGGAGGAUUCCCCACCAGUCAGCCGUCAGGAAGUGGCCACCUUGAGCAGGGAGCUGCUACAGUUCAUUGCAACCAAGGUUCCGUACAGCCUCCGACGGCUCACGGGGCUGGAAGCCCAGAACCUGUAUGUGGGACCCCAGACCAUCAUGACGACCCCUAGUCUCCCCAGCAUCUUUGGAAAUGCUACCCUCUCCCCUCACCCUACCAAGGGAGGCUAUGCCGUCACUGACUUCCUCACCUACAACUGCCUCACGAGUGACACUGACCUGUACAGUGACUGUUUGCGCACCUUCUGGACCUGUCCCCACUGCGGCCUGCACAUGCCACUCACUCCCCUGGAGCGCAUUGCCCACGAGAACACCUGCCCUGAGGCCCCCAAGGAUGGCACCCCAAGCAAGGACGGGGCUGAGGAUGCUGCCUCUGGUCCGCUGCAGAAGACAUCAGCCCUGCAGAAACCCUACCACUGUGAGGUCUGUGGGCAGGACUUCCUGUUCACCCCCACUGAGACGCUGCGGCACCGCAGGCAGCACGUGUGACGAGUGGUGAGUCCUUGGACAGGACUCCCGCCGGCACCACGCGGGGAAGCCUCACCUGCCCUCGGAGCCUGGCCUUCCACUGGAACCUCCUUCCAGGGCAGACUUCUGUGUCUCACCUGCAGCUGCUUGCUGAGGGGUCCCGGCUGAUCAAGUAGGGUGGCACUGGGGCAUGGGAGCCACGAAGGGGCUGCUGGUGUCUCCACAGGCCAGGGGUGGGGUCGUGAGUUUCCCAGAAGCUCCUCACAGGCUGCUGCCUGGCUCUGCGAAGACCUGGAUCUGCCCUUUCAUAGGUGUUGCUCUGCACUGCCUCUAGGAGGCAUUAAUUCCCAAUUCUCCAUCAGCUGAGAACUUAGGAUUCAGAACGCCUCACUUUAUGGGGGGCACCUGAACCAAACUACCACAUUGUGCCCUUGGCCCCCAUAAACUGGUAAGCUUACAUAUUCACACUAGAAAGAAUGGCAUUGGGCAUACCAAGGAAAUAUUCAACUAAUAAAAGAUUUAAAUAGGGAAAACAAACUCAAGUCCAACAACUAAUCAGUGACAAAUCUCCAAGGCCGAUAAUUUUAACCAGCAACA